UUCACCUUAACGUAAGCCAUAAGAACAGAGGAACUCAAGGUUGGCGGCCACGAGUCCACUUCAAUUACUCAAUCUGACGCCAAUGGCCGCAGCGUUUCUCUCAAACCCUCUUCGUCUCCCUCACUCCUUCUCUAAUAAUAAAUAUUUGAAAAGCUAUGGAUUUGUGUCACUACAUAUAAGGUAAUUCGUAAAGCAUCUUAGAGAUACUGUAGGACCCACCUACUAUUUCGUAUUUCAAUUGUUCAGAUCUCAAUCUUGUUUGACCGACUACAUCAUAGAGAACGAUUGAUUUGCUUUAUUUAUUUGGCAACAAUGACAGAAUUCUUCAACUCCACAAUUUGCAGACAGCUGUUGCAAAUGUUCUUGGCAAUAAUCUUUUUCCACAUUUCUGAGUACAUUCUGGCAAUUGCCAUCCACGGUAGAUCAAACGUAAGUUGUAGGUCUCUUUUGAUUAGCAAAAACUAUCUUCUGGCAAUGAUUUGUUCACUGCUAGAGUACUUUCUUGAAGUUUACUUUUUCUCUGGGUUGAAAGAACAGUACUGGUGGAUUAGCGACUUUGGACUCGUAAUGGUUGUAAUUGGGGAAAUCAUACGGAAGACGGCAAUUUUAACAGCUGGACAGGCCUUCACUCAUCUCAUUAAGAUUUACCACGAUGAGGAGCAUCACAAACUGGUUACUCACGGUGUCUAUAGAUUUGUUCGUCAUCCGGGAUAUUGUGGGUUUUUCAUUUGGUCAAUAGGCACUCAGAUAAUGCUCUGUAACCCAAUAUCAACAAUUGCAUUUGCCAUUAUUGUUUGGAACUUCUUUGCGAAACGGAUACCAUAUGAGGAGUAUUUCUUGAGGCAAUUUUUUGGGUCAGAAUAUGAUGAAUAUGCCUCUCAGGUUCCUUCUGGGAUUCCAUUUGUGGAGUAGUAAGAAUCUAUGAAAUUUUUAGAGUGUGUCAUCAAGAAAGCGCUAAGGCUGUUUAUGCAAAGACGUUAGUCUGAAGCUUUGUCAAAGCUGAUUCAAUUCAUGGGCUGGAUGGACUGGAUUAUUCUUGAAGAACCAAACAUUUUAGAUGGUUUGGUUACUUGUUAUGUUCCUGUUGGAGAUCUCAUUGGAAAUCAAUCAGUCUUCUUGUGAUAUACUAAACUCGGUAUGUGUACCUUCCAUAGAUCUGACUGUUGAGUCUUGAUCCCAAGCCAUUACGCACAAAGUUGCAAGAUUUGCAAUCAUCACUAGUAAUAUUUAUGCGUUUUUGUCGCAUGACUUUUUCAUUGACAUGAAAUAACGGAUGCCCUUUCUUAUCGGCCUUUGUUUCUUUGUAUAUUACUGGGCUCUAUAUGCUUAAGCAGAAAGUAGAAAAGUUCUUCAUUCGUGCUGCUGGAUGACAUAUUAUUGUCCUUGGAUUAUCACAAUAAAUGGUUACAUAGUAUUCUGU